CAGGUGGAAUGGCAUCCCGGUCUUCUAGAUGUACCUGCUCAGACUAAGUUUGAUUACCUGGUGACUGACCUAAAUGGGGGACCUCAACCUCCCUCACCCUACGAGGAGCAAUACAAGAAGACCACGUUCAAGGGUGGUGCAAUUGCAGGACAGCUGACAACAGUAGGGAUGCAGCAGAUGUUCGCCCUGGGGGAAAGGCUGAGGAGGAGCUACGUGGAAGAAGCCAACUUUCUCUCGCCAACAUUUAAGCCUGCUGAGGUUUUGAUCUGUUGUCAUUGUCACUGACGAAGCAAGCUCUGAAAUCCUCUACCCCAAUUACCACAACUGCCAGCGCCUGAAAUGCUUGAGCAGGCAUAAGUUGAAGAAUGCUCUGCAACAGCCAGGUAUCUCCGAUGACUUGAAAACAAUUAAGGAGAAGAUGGGUAUUGAUGGCGAUAAGUCCGUGGAUUUUCUUCUCCUCCUUGACAACAUUCUUGCUGAGCAGGUGCACAAUUUGCCAAGCUGCCCUGUGCUGAAGCACUUUCAGCAGACAGUUGAGCGUCGAUCUGUUGACUCGCUGCUUUUCCUUCUGGAAGACGGUUCAAGAGAAGUUCUUCAGAUGAGCGUCGGUCUCCUUUUCCGUACCUUACAGAAGAACAUUACAGAAGCAGUAGAUCCCUCAUCUCCAGCUGAAAAGGCCAGAAAGCUCAUUCUCUAUGCUUCUCAUGACGUUACCCUUAUUCCUCUCCUGGUGGCACUGGGCACCUUUGAUCACAAGUGGCCACCUUAUGCUGCAGAUGUGACCCUGGAACUGUAUCAGGACCGGCAGUCCAAAGAGUGGUUUGUUCGCGUGUCUUACCACGGAGAGGAGCAAGUGGUGAAAGGAUGUAAAGCACGUCUCUGCCCACUCGAAGAAUUUCUAGAAGUUCUUUCACAGUACUCGGUCAGUCCAGAGGAGUACAAUAACCUGUGCUCCCAAAUGCAGGGGAAUCAGCAAACUGACUCAUGAAUAAGUUGUCUUAAAUUAAAAUUUGUUUAUUGUCA